CGCAAAUCUUGCCUGCAGAUAGAGGCGAAUCUGUAAAGCUACGAGAAUGAGACAUGGAUCAGAGACAGAGCCCCGUGCACCUAUAAAAGAGCAGCAACUGGUGGCAAUGCAAGCUCCGACGUGCAGGACUACUACUGCUAGCUUCCUAGUAGCAUAAGCUAGAGAGCAAGCUCCACCCGGCCAAGAGGCGGCGGCAGGCAGCCAUGGCCAUGGAAACCGUGCCCCCGACCGCGAGGUGCCUGUUCCCGGGCAAGGAGCACCGGAACGCGAUCACGGUGCCGGAGUUCAAGCUCUGGCUGAAGCAGUUCGACACCGACGGCGACGGGCGCAUCAGCCAGAAGGAGCUCCGGGAGGCCAUCCGCCGCCGCGGCGCGUGGUUCUCCGGCCUGCGGGCGCGGUUCGCCAUCCGGCGCGCCGACCGGAACCGCAACGGCUUCGUGGACGACUCCGAGAUCGAGGGCCUCAUCCAGUUCGCCGAGAGGGAGCUGGGCUUCAGGAUCACCACGGACGUGGCCGCCGACGGCCCGCCUCUCGGCCGCCGCGUCGUCAUGGGCUCGCCGCCGGCGGACAGGUCAAUCACGUACAAGGAAGAAGGAUAUUUCAGCACACAUGGGAUUUUUUGCUCUAUGUAGCUUAGAUCUCUCCUCUCCUCUGAAUAAUUUGUGUGGAAGCAGGAGCUAGGAAGCACCAACUCUGCAGGUACGUAGCAGCUUGUUUGGGUAGUUUGUACCGCGUGGUGAAGUGUGAUGAUGCUAUAUCAUGUACUGUAUAUUGACUUGUAAUAAUCCAUCCGUCCCAUGUGUGUUAUUAUGGAUUCGAUCGAUCAGCUUCUCUAUCUAGCUGUCGUACGUGUA